AUGGGUAUCGUAUCAAGCCAGUCUCCUCCUGGAGGUCCAGAUAUUACUGGACCUGAUAGUGUUCUAUCAGGUACUGAGGUUACACUUCAGUGCUCUUCCAGUGGCGGUAGUCCAGCACCAACUGUCAAAUGGUUCGAAAACGACACAGAAAUAGUCGAUGGUGUUUCUACUAUUACCAAUAGCUCUAUGGUGACAGCAUAUUUGACGUAUAUCGCCAGUAAAAAGGCAUACUUUCGUUUCUUCCUAUGUCAAGUUAACAAUAGCGAACUGGAAAAACCAAUGUAUGCUAAUACAUUUGUGGUAGUCUACUAUUUACCGGAUGUUACCGCAAGUCCAGCAUUACAGUUUGUAAACACAAGUGUUUCUCCAGUGACUAUUUUGUGUAGCGUGUCGGCAAUCCCCGUUGUCAAAAUUUAUACAUGGAGAAAGAUAUCCUUGGAUGGCAAAAGGAAUAUUACAAUAGAUGAAAAAGAAAGUGAAGGAAAAUAUUCCAUUAUCUAUUAUGAUACCUCAUCAAAAUUGGAAAUUUACGACAUUAUCUUCAGUGAUGAUGCAAAUUAUGUAUGUUUUGCCGAGAAUGCAGUUGGUAUUGGAGUUAGUAACAACGCUAGAGUUGAUGUUAUCGGCAGUACUCCCCAAGUUUCAAUUCCACAAAGUGCAUACAGUGUAACAUAUGGAGCGAACAUAACCAUUCCAUGUACAAUUGUUGGUGCAUUCCCAGCUCAUUUUAGAGUUACAUGGUUUUAUAGGAACAGAGAAAAUCAAGUUACUACUGUAAAUAUCGGAGAUCAUACACAGUAUAGCGGCGGUACUCUUAACACCCCAGCUUUAACCAUUCUAAAUACAAAUAAGGAGGAUGCUGGAUUUUAUACUUGUGUAGCUGAAAAUCAGGUAGACAGUGCCCAAAGCAAUGAAACAUUGUUGAACGUUUUAGCAGAACCUAUUGCAAUACAUGCCAAUAAUACACAAUAUUAUCCAAUUCAAAAUACAACGAUAACACUUCAUUGUAAAGUUACACAAGGAAUUGCAUUGGAAAUCCAAUGGUAUAAAGACAUCAGCGUACUAAAUGUAAAAAGCAAUUUACGACUUUCUGGUGGCGAUGUAGCAACUGAAUCUCUGACAAUUGUAAACGUACAAAGAUCGGAUGAAGGAAUCUACAUAUGUCAAGCCACUGAUGCUGUAUAUGAUACUAUUGUAAACACAGAUACUAUUCAUGUCAACCUUGCUGGACUGCUGUCUACUUCUGUUUCUCCACGAACCUCUGAUGUUGUAAAAGGCGAUAGCGUAAAAAUCAAUUGCACCGUGACUGGAUUACCACCUGCAACAAACAUUACCUGGUUGUUCACAGCACCUAGUAAGACAAAACAAUGGGUAUUAAGUACAACAAACAUUAAUAAUUACACAUUUGGUACAACGAAGGAUCCUUAUUUGAUUAUUCGCAACUUUCAACUUGGUGAUUCUGGUACUUUUGUAUGUAGAGCAACAAAUCUUGCUGGAUCAACAUCUAGCAACCCAGGUUCAAAUUUGACUUAUAUAAGUAUACCUAGCAUAUCAGUUGAACCAAGUCAAUUUACUGCUACGGUUGGCGAUAUUAGUUUCAUGAUUCGAUGUACAGUUACUGCAAUUCCCGAAGCAAUUACUUGGUACUGGACAUUCCAACCUGUCGAUGGCAUUGUACAAACCAUUCCCCAAGGAUCAAAUAAUCAGCAAUAUACUAUUGAAAGUUCUGGCAUAAACCCUCACUUGACGAUAAAGAACAUCGCUUUUGAAGAGGCUGGAGUAUACACUUGUUAUGCUACAAAUGCAGCUGGAGCAAGUGAUAGUGCAAGUAACCGUACCGGAAAUUCUCACCUCAUUUUGACUGUCACUGGGGAUGGAAAAAACAUUUGUGAAGAAGAUAUAGACAAAUUUUACACAAAGUGGAGAAAAGCAUUAGAAAAAACUUUAUCUUCUGUCCCCUGCACUGGUGAAUAUAACGGUAGCGUUUCCAGAUACUGCAAUGAUGGUGGACAGUGGGAUAAUCCAGACUACAGUCAGUGUAUACGUAAAUCAAUAGAAUAUCUCCAAGAUCAGUCCGCUAAACUUUUAUAUGGAGAGAGUGUAGAUACGAUUUUCCUACUGGAGAAUUUAGAAAACCUUACAAAGGAGAGCAAUAAAUUAAGAUCUGGUGAUUUGGUAGCUUCAGCAAAUGUAUUGAAUGAUAUUGCACUAUAUGACAAAUAUCACGCAGAUAGACUUUCAGUUGAUCAACUAGAGAUCAUACUGCCAUAA